AUGGCGCUCUCUCAAGAAAAUGGAGUUGGUCCAACCUCGAACGGUGAACUACUUUAUAAUGAGAAAGGCUGGCUCAUACGAAAUGCACGAGGAUACGAAACGAACGAAGAACAUUUCGGAACAAAAAGGCAGAUUCGAGUCAUCCAUCUUGGUGCCGGCGUGUCGGGGAUUUGCUUUUCCAAAUUUGCCCAAGAUCGAUCAGAGAACGUCGUCCUGCAGAUCUAUGAAAAGGAUACCGAUGUAGGAGGAACAUGGCUCGAAAAUCGAUACCCAGGCUGCGCCUGCGACAUUCCAUCGGCAGCAUAUCAAUUCACCUGGGAACCCAACCCUUUUUGGCCCGAGUACUACUCGGAGUCGAAGCACAUCUGGCAGUAUCUCAAAGACAUCGUGGACAAGUACGGUCUCAUGAAGUAUAUCAAACUGCAGCACACGAUAACAGGGGCAUAUUGGAACGCGCAGCAAGGACUUUGGGAGGUUGGUGUACAAAGGCCUGACGGAACCACAUUUGUCGACACCUGUAAUGUCUUUGUCAAUGGCGGUGGAGGGCUAAAUAACUGGAAAUGGCCUGAUAUUGAAGGCAUUCAUUCGUUCAAGGGAAGUCUUACUCACAGUGCUCACUACGACGAGAGUCUCGAUCUCCGAGGGAAAAAAGUGGCAGUGAUUGGGAUUGGAAGUAGUGGCAUCCAGAUAAUCUCAAAGAUACAGCCACAAGUAAAACAGCUGUAUUGUUGGAUCAGAUCCCCUACCUGGGUCACGCCUGGAUUUGCACAAAGGUUUGCCGGCCCUACUGGGGGCAAUUUCAAGUAUACUACUGCCCAGAAAGAAAAGUUCGCCAAGGAUCCUAAACUCUUUCUCAAAUACUGCAAGAUGAUUGAGUCUGAGCUCAAUGUCCGCUUCAAGUUCAUCCUAAAUAACACCCCGGAGUCAAAGACAGCCAGGAGGUUUGCCGAAGAAGCCAUGAGAAAACGGCUACAAGGGGCUCCCCCCGAGGUCAUUGAGGCCAUCAUCCCCAAGACAUUCAAUGUUGGGUGCCGGCGUCCAACGCCCGGUGAAGGGUUCCUUGAAGCGCUCACCAAGGAGAACGUCAAAGUGUACACGAAGCAAGUACAGCAGGUCAAUGCCACGGGCUUCAUUGAUUGUGAAGGCAAUCAGGUCGACGUAGAUGUCAUCAUCUGUGCCACCGGAUUCAACACCAGCUUCAUUCCUCGCUUCCCGGUGGAGGCAAAUGGCCACAGCAUAGCCAAGCUCUGGGAGAAGGUGCCCGAGUCAUACAUUGGUCUCGGAGUCCCGCAUAUACCAAACUAUUUCAUGAUGGGCGGUCCCAACGGACCAUCCGGACACGGAUCACUUUUCCCCAUUCUCGAAAUCCUCGCGUCAAACGUGCUCCAAUGCAUAGACAAGAUGCAGCGGGAUCGAAUUGAAAGCAUCACCCCCAAGACGGAAGUUGUGCGGGAAUUCAAAGAGCACGCGGACCUAUAUCUUCAGAGAACUGCGUGGACAGGACCUUGUUCCAGCGUCUUCAAGCAAGGCCGAGUCCACGGCCCGCUUUCGAUGUUUCCAGGCUCAAGACUUACGUAUUUGGAGCUGCUCUCGACUCCACGAUUCGAAGAUUACGAUAUCGUCUACUGCAAUAAACUGAACCGGUGGCAGUUCCUGGGUGACGGCUUUGCUGUUCGCGAGUUCGAUGGCCGAGACUUGUCGUAUUACAUGGGUCUGGUGGACGGAGAAGAUCGUCAGAUCGAUCUCGAAGGGUCCUUGGAGGCAGAAUUGGAGGAUUUGAUUCACCAGAGCCGAGUGUGA